AUGCUCGCAAGUCAGGCCUUGGGCUCUCUGAAGUUUGUCUGCUGUGCUCUUCCAGCACGAGGCUUACGCGCGACUCUGAACUGGGAGCUGUCGCGGAAAUUCUGGUUUUCCUUCCUCUGCAUCGUCACCAUUUGCGCCAAACUCCUUCACAUCUAUGCCCACUGGGACUCGAUUCCUCUCACUCAGCUUCUGUUAUGGGGCUCAACAUUCUUUCUGCAAGAUAUUAUUUUUCUAAUGAUAGGUUAUGUCCUGACUCUACACUACCACCGCAAAUGGGCCUGUGUUCUAGCAGGUCUGGUCGUUGUCCCCAUGAGCCUCGUGCUCUCGGUCAUGGCUGCGGCUAAUACCUCUUUCUUUUUCCUGACCGGCGCGGAGAUUCACUGGCGACAAGCAGGAUCCGUUAAUCGGGAUCCUGCAUCAGUCAAUACUCUCCUCACUGGUCUUACCGGGCUUGUUAUUGUGGAAGUCAUCUUCUUCAUCGCCUCGAUAUUUGCUUCACCGUACCCAUUCCAUGCUGCAGAGGCAGUCAUUGGGGUUUGGGUUGUUGUUGUAGGUGCCGUGUUUAAGCCGCUCGCGCGAUUUGCCUUGGGCCAAAUCAACCGUCUAGGUCGGGGGAAGAAAUGGCUCUCAAGACUCAAUAUCUAUGAGCCUGUACCGCUAAGUGACUACAGUGAUGAGCAGGAAAAGACACUUCCACACUCAAGCUCUCUACUCGACCUACCACAACUAGACGAUCAUCUGAGUUCUACUAGCUGGAGCCUGUGGAUCAAAAGAUCCCUUUUCAUUAUUCCAAUUUCCGUUGUGCUUUUGCUUCGGGUCUUGCGACCUGUCGACUCGGCCUACACAUACCUGUCGCACACUCUCGCACUUUCGCCAUUUGUUGGUGUUGACCCGAAGAGCAGGCUCACAGAAAUGCUUGGCAAUAUUGAAUUAAAUGGGAGGCGCACCGCUCUGGGCUCUCCUGUCCCGUUCGAUUGGCUUCCAGAGGGGGAUUGGCCAGGAUUCCGGGACUGGAAAGUUUCUUCAACCGGAGAAUACGAGCAUCAGCAUUACAAUCCCGCGAAUGACCCCCUUCGUGUCUCCAACCUCGACGAAGGAAUUCUCGAACCUCUUCGUGACGUGCUCAAGAGUGAAGACUUCAAGAUCAAGCACGUUCUGGUUUUCAAGAUGGAGAGCACCCGGUAUGAUGUAUUCCCUCUCCGGAAGGGAUCCUAUAUGCACAAUCGUAUCUUGGAAUCUUACAAGGGUAAAAUCCCGAAGGAGGUCCAGGCCCGUCUGGCCAAUUUGACUCACACGGCCGAACGUCUUACUGGAACGGAGUCCGGACUGCACAAGAACGGCACUGUCAAGCCGUACGGCGGUAUCCAUGCUACGAACUCCUAUACGGCAGGUACAUUCACCUUGAAGAGCAUUGAGGGAACGACAUGCGGUCUCGCCCCGCUGGUCAGGGAUUUCAAUCACGAAUACGAGCAUCACAUUUAUCAACCGUGCAUGCCACAUGUUCUGGACGUCCUCAGUGCAAACACAAACAACAGCAAGAGCGACGACUUUGUUGACUGGCCAUGGCGACCAAGAUUCAUGCAGUCGAUCACCGACACAUAUGACCACCAAAACCUCCUCACGCCUGCCUUGGGAUUCAAGCCUGAGAAUAUCUUGACCUCGGAAGCUAUCGACAAAGAGCACUUGAACGACACAUCUUUCCACGGCGAGAAAUUCAACUUCUGGGGCUACCCAGAUCAUGACCUUGCCGGAUAUUUCAGAGAUGUCAUCCACCAAGCGGAGCGUGACCACGAACGACUCUUCAUCACUCACCUCACUGGUAUCACGCAUCAUCCGUGGGACACCCCCGGCAAACACUACAAAGACCUUAUGAGCCAGUCUUGGGGUGGAAACAGUCGCGAUAUCAACCGGUAUCUCAAUACCAUCGGCAUCAACGAUAAAUGGUUUGGUCAAGUUCUGGAUAUCCUCGCGGAAACUGGUAUUGCCAACGAGACUCUCGUCGUUAUGACCGGUGACCAUGGCCUUUCUCUUUUGGAAGAUAACAGCAUUACUCCAUACGACAAUCCCCAUGUGGCUAACUUUCACGUUCCUCUGGUGAUCUCUAACCCACUCCUCCCGCCCAUCGAAAUCAAUUCCUCUGUCAGCUCCAUUCAGAUCCUUCCCACUAUCCUUGAUCUCCUCAAAGAAUCCGGCUCCCUUGACGAAAUCAGCACUCGUGCCAUCAGCGAGCUACUGCCGAUCUACGAGGGCCAAUCCAUGAUUCGACCGAUCGUCAGCGAAAACGAACACACCCAAUACUAUCAAUUCACCGUCAUGAAUACCGGAGGCUCAAUGGUCGCCAUGCGAUCUGCUUCUCAUUCCUUCCGCCUCGUGGUCCCUCUCGUCCCAGAGGUUGAAUGGCGAUUCACUGACAUCGAGUCCGACCCACAUGAGAAACACCCCAUCAAGUCAUUUGACCUUGAAUCUCUGAAGACUGCUAUCGCCCUGGAACAUAGCGCAGAUGCAGUACAAUGGGUAAACAGCGCAGCUCAGGCUGGUCAAUGGUGGAUUGCCGACAAUUGGCGUCGCUACGAAUAUUCCCCAGUAUGA